GUAAAAGCGUGACAAGGAAUGCUGACGGUUCGGAGGCUUACUAAGCAAUGAUUCCAGCGCAGAUUAUGCAAAACAUAUUGGCGUAACUUGGCUUAAGAAAACAAACAGGAGGGUUCCUAAAUUUAAAUGAACUCGCAUUUCGUGCUGGAUUGAUGUUUGCAUGGUAGACUGUUUUGUUUGCUUUUCGAGCAGCCGGCGGGUGUUCGCGACGGCUUCACGGGGAAGCCGUCGUGCAGUGGCAGUCUAUAAUUGCAUUAAGAUGAAUCUCUUGGAACGGUGCACAGGCCUUGACGCAGUGAUACGCAAGAGUGAGUUCAGCUCCGUGCAACCCUGUGUGUGUGUGUGCGUGCAGAGGAGAUAGCAUUCGACAUCUCUGACUUGAAAAGACUGUUCGACCGCGAUGACAGCCCAGGACGAGGAAGCCGAGCUCAAGAAGGAACUCGAAGGCGUGCUGAAGAAAAUUAAGGAGGCUCAAGCAGCAGCAGCGGACACCAGCUUUGCGGAAGUAUGCAAGGAUUUGAAACGAGAGGCCAAAUUCCACAUGAAACAGCGCAGGGUCCUCAAGGGUCACAUCUCCAAGGUGACUUCUGCUCAUUUCUGCGGAGACAGCAAGAAAGCCGUAUCUGGUUCUUUGGACGGAAAGCUCAUCGUGUGGGAUGUGUUUUCAGGAAACAAGAUGCGUGUCAUUCCACUGCGUUCCAGCUGGGUCAUGUCUUGCGCCUACGCCGAAAACGGCAAUUACGUAGCCGUCGGCGGCAUGGACAACAUGUGCACAGUGUACGACCUCCACGGACCCAACGCUAAAGUUCGCAGGGAGUUGACGGGACUCGACGGUUACCUGUCCAGCGUCAGAUUCCUAAGCGACGCGAACGUAAUCACUGGUUCUGGCGACACCAAAGUAGUGCUAUGGGACAUCGACAGAGGUGCAAAGCUGACCACUUACGAGGGCCACGAGGGCGACGUCACCAGCCUCUCCAUGCACCCCGAGAAAUCCUGUUUCGUCACCGGAUCGGUUGAUAACACUGCACGGCUGUGGGACGUUCGGGAGAAAUCAUGCCGACAAGUAUUCAGGGACCACACAGGCGAUGUGAACUGCGUCUACUUCCACAGUGGUGGCAACGUGUUUAUCACUGCGUCCGAGGACAAAACGUGUCAGCUCUUCGACAUCCGCAGUGACCAGGUGCUGACUCAGUACCAGAACCAGAGAGAGUCGUGCGCUUUUACCUGUUGCGCUAUGUCCCUCUCGGGAAGGAUGGUGCUUGCAGGGUCCGACGACAACGACGUCCAUGUCUGGGACACACUUUCGACACGGAGGAUCGGCAACCUCAUGGGCCACGAAAGCAGAGUGACUGCCUUGACCAUCAGCCCAGACGGAGCUGCCAUUGUGUCCGGCUCCUGGGACAGUACUGUUCGUGCCUGGGGAUGAAGCAAGCACGAAGCCCCAUCACAGGUGCUCCAUUAAAGCAUUCCCCUCAACGCA